AUGGUCUGGUGCAAUCUGGUGCAUUUUCUAGUGGUUGGCUACAGCCUGAUGCAUAUCCACCUGGUCUGGUACAGCCUGGUGCAUACCCCCCUGGUCUGGUACAGCCUGGUGCAUACCCUCCUGGUCUGCCUGGUUUGGGCCAACCUGGUACGGAUCAGCCUGGUUUGGGCCAACCUGGUGCGGAUCAGCGUGGUUUGGGCCAACCUCGUGCUGAUCAGCGUGGUUUGGGCCAACCUGGAGCGGAUCAGCCUGGUUUGGGCCAACCUCGUGCGGAUCAGCGUGGUUUGGGCCAACCUGGUGCGGAUCAGCCUGGUUUGGGUCAACCUCGUGCGGAUCAGCGUGGUGUGGGACAACCUGGGGCGGAUCAGCCUGGUUUGGGUCAACCUGGAGGGUCCAGACUUCCGUCACCGACUCUCGUCAGAAAGGAGUGAAGUUCAGACUGAACGACGCGAUUCACUCUACAAACGGGCUCCUAGUUUCCCCAUGGCAGUGGAAACGUUUCGUCUGAUAGGAGAGCUCAUUGGGCUCUAUGUAGAGCUAAAGGAUAGAAUAAAGGAGCUGGAUGAGCUGCAAGCUGGCCAAACAGAUUUGGAGAAGAUACAGUACCUGCUUGCGAUGAUGGUCCAAAAGACCAUCCCUCCAGACCUGGAGGAACAGUUGAAGAAUUUACAGACAAUGACCAAAGAAAUUCGGCAGGAAAAAGCAAAACUGGACAGGUUGCAAAAGUUCCUGGAUGGCGAAGGAGACAAAGAAUCAGAGGAGUUGAAAACUAGCCAGCUGGGUUUGCAGCUGGGCAUCCUCAGAGUCACCGUGGCAGACAUUGAGAAGGAGCUGGCCGAGCUGAGAGAUAGCCAAGGGCAAGGCAAGGCCGCCAUGGAAAAUUCGGUGUCCGAAGCCUCCUUCUACCUGCAGAAUCAGUUAGAUAAGCUCAGGACGAUCAUCGAGAGCAUGCUGACCUCUUCUUCCACGCUGCUGUCCAUGAGCAUGGCCCCACACAAGGCCCUGGCACACGUGGCUCCUGGCCAGAUCGACCCUGAGGCCACCUGUCCAGCCUGCAGCCUGGAUCUGAGCCAUCAGGUCAGCAUGCUGGUGGCACGCUACGAGCGGCUCCAGGACAUGGUCAGCAACCUGGCUGCCUCCCGGCCCUCCAAGAAAGCCAAGCUCCAGAGUCAGGAUGAGGAGCUGCUGGGCCAGGUGCAGAGUGCCAUCCUGCAGGUGCAGGGCGACUGCGAGAAGCUCAAUAUCACCACCAGCAACCUCAUCGAGGACCACCAGCAGAAGCAGAAGGACAUCACCGUGCUGUACCAGGGUCUGGAGAAACUCGAAAAGGAAAAGGCUACUAGGGAGCACCUGGAGCUGGAGAUUGACAUGAAAGCCGACAAGAGUGCCCUGGCCACCAAAGUGAGCCGGGUCCAAUUUGAUGCCACCACGGAGCAACUGAACCACAUGAUGCGGGAGCUGGUGGCCAAGAUGACUGGGCAAGAGCAGGACUGGCAGAAGAUGAUAGAAAAGUUCCUUGGAGAGAUGGACAACAAACUGGACCGCCUGGAGCUGGACCCAGUGAAGCAGUUGCUGGAGGAGCGGUGGAAAUCGCUACGACAGCAGCUCAAAGAGCGCUCUCCACACUACCAGGCAGAUGAGGCAGCCGCCAUGCGGAGACAGCUCCUGGCACAUUUCCACUGCCUCUCAUGUGACCGACCCUUGGAGACACCUGUGACUGGACAGAUCAUCCCUGUGACACCUGUGGGUCCGGGCCUGCCUGGGCACCGUUCCAUCCGCCCCUACAUGGUGUUUGAACUGGAGCAGGUCCGGCAGCAGAGCCGCAACCUCAGGCUGGGCGGUGCCUUCCCUCGGGGUGACCUGGGGCAGAUGGAGCGGAGUGUGGGGCGCCUGCACUCCAUGCACUCCAAGAUGCUGAUGGACAUCGAGAAGGUGCAGAUGCACUUUGGAGGCUCUGUCAAGGCCAGCAGCCAGAUGAUCCGCGAGCUACUACAGGCCCAGUGCCUCAGUUCCCCCUGCUACAAACGCAUGACGAAGUGGACAUCUUGGGCCUGGAUGGACAUAUUUACAAGGGGCGAAUGGAUACAAGGCUGCCAGGCAUCCGGGCCAAAGACACCACAGGGAUCUCAAAGCACAAGCCCAAGCAGCCCCGGCUUCACCUGCACAGGCAGCAGUCCCUCGGUGACAGCAGCCAGCUGCCUACUCGGCCUCAGAGUGCUCAGAUAUCAGCUGGUAACAACUCAGAAAGACAGACCCGUCUCCUCCGAGGGGCGUCUCUCCCAGCUGAAUACAGGCCACCUGCCCAGCCCUACUGAGAUGACAAGCCUGCAGGGCAGGUCUGUGGGGCCAGUGAUGCAUAUGGACAUGCCUCCCAGAGAGGGCCUCGAGGAACCCACCCGGGGGCCACAGUCCACUGGGCCCACAGACCAGAGCUAUAAAUAA